GACUGUAACUCUUGCAACCACAGAUGCCAGCGCACAGAGGCAGCAAGUGGGACUGAGAUCUGAUCUGUGCCCAGGAUUGGAUUGGCAUGGCCCUGCAGUUCCUGGCUCUGACCUUUCUCCUGAUCCUUUUUCCUCUGCUGGUAGCACAAGGCCAGGAAGAACCCUAUUCCGUGGUCCAAGGAGCACCCCAAGAAAUAGAAACGUGCCAAAGGCCCCAGUGGGACCCAGGACUCCGCCUGGCACCAGAUCUGCAGGAGUAUAAGAAAAAUGAAGAAGUGACUCUGAGCUGCCCGGAGGGUUUACAGCCAUCCUACACCCACAUCAGAUGUUCAAGAGAAGUUCAGACUAUCGUUCAUGGGAAACCUGUGUACAGGGAAGUUUGGCUGGGAAGAGCCAGCAGCGGUUCCUGGAUCCGCAUUCGGUCCAGAGUGGAGUGUGUGGAGGUGCUACAAGUUGUCCCUGGGACCCUGGAGGUUUCCAGCACCAGCAUCAAACUGAACUGGACCUGCAGCUUCCCUGAUGCCUGCCAGCACACGGAGGCCACGUGCCGGCUGGCAGGGCCUUCCUCACCUGCCUGUGAGGCUGAGGAGGUCUCUGGAGUGGAGCUCCUGCACGGCCAGAGGGGAACAUUCACCUGCACUUCCCUGCAGCCCUUCACUGACUACACCGUCACCAUCUCAGUGCCCCCCAGCACAGUGCUGUUUUCAUGGGUGAUCAGGACAAAGGAAGCAGUGCCGCAGAAGCCGGAGCAGCUGCAGCUGGAUGCCCGCACGGGGACUCUCAGGUGGAAGGCGCUGCCCUCCUGCCGAGGGGAGAUCGUUGGGUACCAGCUGAACAUCACGGCCUGGGCCUCGCAGGACGGCGGCUUCCUGCACAUGGAGCGGCUGAGGCUGAGCGGGCAGAGCACGGAGCACCGGCUGCCCACAUACGGCCCCGGCACCAGAUAUGUGGUGGCCGUGCGGGGCCUCACGGCUGCGGGUCCUGGAGCUGCGUCGCUGUGGGAGUCCCACACCAACGGCUCAGAGACCCCAGGGCCGCCCCAUGGCUGCUCCCGCCUCGUGCUCGAUACCUCUCCAUCUCAGGGGACGGCCGUGCUUCCCCUGCACCCCAUCUCCCAGCCCCCCGAGGCAGUGAGUGAGCACCAGCUGCUCGUGGCCGUGACGCACAACAGCACGGUGCUGGAAGACGCCUGCUCGGGGGAGCUGCAGCCCUCCAACCACAGCCACCCGCCUGACCCCUACGUGGCCGCCGUGCUCAACCUCAGCGCACCCACGGACUUCGUGCUGGGUGACGGGACCCGUGGGCACGGCUUCCACAACGCUCCCCUGCACCCGGGAUGGGACUACAGCGCCCUUCUGCGCCUCGCCCGGCGCUCACCGCAGGCAGAGACGUUCACCUGCGUGUGCUACAGCUUUUCCAUGGUUGCAGGGCAGUCAUCAUACCCAUGGCCAGGGAUUGUGAUUGGGGUGGUUGUGCUGUUGGUGCUGGUCCUCGUGUUUGCAGGCAUCGUGUGGUUUGUGCUGUCCAGGAGAAGGAAGUCUGUGUCUGUCAAAGCUAAGGAGAAUAAUUAAAAAGAUAGAGAAAAGAUGGAGCCAGGAGAUUCUGCCCCUCGGGAGAAUCAUGUGCUCAUCCUCUUUCGGACAUGUCCCCCUGUGCCCCAGCCAGGCUGGAAAGCUGCUCUCUCAGCUCCUGCCUGUCCUGGAGUUCUUGGAACAGUAACAGCAGUGAUGCAGAGAAGAUGGUGUGGUUGUACCUGGAUCAACACUGGCUCUCCUGUGACCAUCACCAUGCUAAAUGUCCCAUCCAUUUCAGCAGAAAGUGGGAAAUCAAGGAGGGUCAUAAACGUUUUCUUCCCAGCUUUUAUUUACCCUUGUUGUAAGUUCUCGAACUUUUCAAUGGGAUUUUCUGCAGUUCCUUUUUUUAGACUUUGAUUUUGCUUUCUUGAACGUGAGAAUUGUACACAGGAAUUCCCAUUCUUUGCCUCAGGGUGGCUCAGGCUGAAGGGCAGUCUGAGCUCCUGCCAUGUCCUGGGUUCCUCACUCCAUUUCCCCCCCUGUGCUGAAAUCCAUUCAAACCCAGUGCUCUGCUUGAGCUUGAUGUGACUGCAUUGCCCUUGCCAACCUGUCUGCCCUGUCCUGAAAACCAAUAAAUGCAGUUUGGAGGUGGCUGCCUGCCAUGCUACA